AUGCCACCAGUUCUGCCUCCGGACAAUACACUUUGGUGGUGCGAUCCCAGCACUGAAUACGCGUUUGUCGGGUUUAGCUAUGAGGUGACUGCGUGUCAAACUCCAGAACAACUGCAUCGGGAAUUCGCCGACAUUCGUUAUCACUUCGACUCCCGCUACGUCCGACUGUAUGGAGCGUGCGAUAGGGAAGGCUUCUACGAUGAUAUCGUCGACGCUGCAUGGGAUAAUAGUCUUGGAGUGCAUGCUCUCGUCUGGUUUGGGUUCGACGGGAGUGACAUCUGGAUCACACGCCGCGAUACGCUCUUCGCCUCGCUACACGCGAAUCCCAGGGCGAAGUUCAUCACGCGUGGCGUCCAGUUUGGGUCUGAACCGCUGUACGACGACGUGCUCCCGCAUCAGCAACUCGCCGAACAGGUCAUCCUCGCGAAGCAGAACUUGUCCAGAUUGAACAUUCCUGUUACUGUCAGCGAGCUAGCGUAUGGAUAUGAGGAACGCGGAGGCGCCCAAGACGUCCUCGAUGCGAUCGACUUCAUCAACAUACAUAUGUUGCCGUUCUUCGACCAGGAUGCGUCAACGGCGAAUGCUUCGUGGCCAAUCGUGAUAGACAAAAACCUCGAUUUCUUCAUUGACCAUGGAAACGGAAAGAAGAUGUACUGGGACGAAAAUGGUUGGCCCUCGGUCACGUCACCGAAUGUGCAGCCCAACAGUCCAUAUGCAGUUUCUGACAUACUAAAUGAACACGCGUAUUUCGAGCUCCUUGAUUCCAAGUGCGAAUACUUGAAACACGUCGUAGGGGGUGGCGUGGGGUGGUUUGCCCACAUUUACUCGGACAAUAUGGAGCCGGGGUACGGGAUCUAUAAUAGCUCGGGGCACUUGAAAUUCCCAUUCCACCCACGUACUGAGUGCUAG